AUGAACGUGAUGCGCCCAUACCCUCGGCCUCGAUACCUCCAACAGGAGAAGACGCUCCUUCGCGAUCCCAUUACGUACAUCGAAAGCCUAGCCUUCGCUGACGGCGCCUUCAAAGACAAUUUCGUGCACCGGCGGCAGCUUUAG